UGGACUCCGCCGUCUUCUCAGGGACUGCCCGCCGGGGCCGUUCCAACGCCCGCAUAUCCCCCAAUCGUACCAGAUAUCGUUGAUGGAACCACGACGAACGUGAGGAUGAUACCCCUCCCACCCUGAUCGUACUGUGCCUCAGCCUGGAGGGGGGGACACUCAUGAAAGGAUGGACAGAAUUUGUCACGCCUUUGGGAAGAUGGCACUAUUGUCAUACUCAAAUGAGCCGUGGAAUCAGGAGCAGCUGUGUACACCGGGCACGUCAACUAUGUCUGUGUUGUCGACGUACCACAUGGACUCCCCGAAAACCGUCACAUUUUUUGGCCACCAUGGCGGGGUGCAAAAUGGACCAAACGACCAUGUCAUUUCCCAGCCCUGCUCUCCAAAUGCGGGACCUGUCAUUCCCGCACAACACGUGCCCCCUGCGUGUCCUGGUCUUUUCACAGGAUACUUGGAACCGCUCAACGGCGGUGCCAGCUCCGUCGCCACCUUUGGCAGUUCAGUGGGCGUCCUUGCCACAGCCAACUUGACAAAUUUUCCAUCGGAAGCUUCUCAGAUACACCCCUCCCCAACUCAGCCCACAACCUUCGCAACCUCGGGGCCUCCACAACAGUCUUUCAGUGAUCCGAAGCCCUGUCCUUGGAGAGACGAACAGGAGGUUAUAUGCAACGAACUCGUGAGCUGGGAUUGUCAGGACCAUCUGGCCUCUGCCCACGGCAUCGUCAACGUCUCGGGUAGCACGCUUGUCACAUGCGGUGCUUGUGAUCUCCAACUGAAGCGCGAAUCUCUUUUGAGACAUUUUCGAGAGGUGGAUCUCAGAUUCCGUCGCCCAAGGUGAAAUACCGCCAGCGAUCGCUGACAUCUAACAAGGUACGGAUACCUAACUGUGUGCUUGAGAAUAUUGUGAGACCUUCAUUUCGACCUGCAUACAGGAUUUUCGUACACUGCGAGAAGGGGUCCCGUAAACUGUGUUAUUGUUAUGACUUUUUUUGUGAUCGUUCGCUCUUUCUACACACCCAUUUCUAUUCCAUUCUAUGGAUGUGGUCAUGAACGAUGCUGAGCACUUAAUCUGCCACUAUGUAUGUACUGGUUAUCAUACAUUCACAAAUAAGUACAUGGCAGUCACGUCGUUUGGUUCCAGUCAGACACUUCAGUAUGUAGGGCGCAAUCAGACUGCUUGUUCUCAUUCCGUAGCUCUCGUUCUGCUGUCGCACCCAUUGCAAUGCACGAUUUUACUUAUGUAAGGUAGGGAAG